UUUUACUUGUGACUAAAACAAUCAACUGUUUGAUUGACAGUUACCUAACCAUUCUAGACGAAAUACCCUAAGUCUCCUAUUGUUUGUUGUAAACCGUCUUUUACCAUCUUUAGCUACUGAAACUUAUAUUGUACGACAUUUAUUGUUUCUUUUACAACGUGACUCUUUUCAUUGUCAUUAAAACGCAUUAAAAGUUAUAUUUGGACAUACGGGAAAGUACUUGUUUAAAAUUAUAUGACGGGUAUUUCCAGUCUGAGGAAAUUAUCAUAUUUCAGUUGUGACUUUAUCAUUAGAAAUUAAAACAAAAAUGAAGUUGCUACCAUCAGAAAUAAGGUAUUCUCAGGAUUCAAUCAGUAACACUUUUGAUAUACGAAGUGAACAUUCGGGGAUAAAAAUAGGCAAAACACUAGACGACCUUUGUAAAGACAAAUAUGACAUUCCAACAAUUUCUGUGGCUAAAGUUGGUAAGAGAUGGUACACAGCAGACAACAGGCGGUUGUGGGUAUUCCGUAAACUAGAAGAACUCGGACAAUGCCGGAAGAUUCCAGUUGAUGAGGUGGACGAUAUUCCUUCGUCGAAGAUGACAACGGAAAAUAGAGGUAGAGAUAUAGAAGUUCGUGGAUCACCUGGAGGAAGGUGGAUAAAGAAACUGGAAGAUUCAAGUUCAAGUUCGGACAGCAGCGAUGAUGAGUUGUACCGCCGACUCCGAAAAUGGAAAAUAUAAGCACUCUAUACAGUAUAUCAUCAUCUUGUAAUACGUUCUUUCGUCGUCAACUUCUAAUAGACCGGUAUGUUCGUCAUUUUCCAAUUCAUAAAAAUUAAGGAUUGUAAGAAAACAAAACUUUGUCAAAAAUGGAUAUUGGAGACGGAGAAUGACUUUGCUGAGAUAUAACGACUUGCUGAUUUUUAAGUCGAGGUGAAUCAGUUCGUUAAAAUGAAGAAACGUUUAAAUACAUUUUAUUUUGAUAUAUUUAUUUGAUACAUAAUUAUCGUGCCAUUUUGUGAUAAAUACACUUAUAUAAAACAAUGCAUAAAUCGUUACGUAUGUAGCAUUAAUAUGUAGCAUUUCAUUGUUCAUUGUUGAAGUGAUUGUCUUUUUUGUUUUUUUUUUGAUAACAUUGGUGUUGUUGUUUAUU